AUUAUCCUGAUGUUGUUGAAUUAUCUAUCUAUUAUUGUAUUUAAAGCAAAGUAGAUAUAAUCACAGUCAUAAUAAAUAUGCAGAUUCUUCCACCUUCCAUGCAGUGUUGUUGUCCUGCAUCCUGACAACAUAGCAUUCUUCCCCUCUUCCCCUCUUCUGACUUGUUCCCCUUCACUCUCUUCUCCCUCUUCUCUUCCUCUUCCUUUCUAUCUCUCAUCUACUCCAUCUAUUAGAAUACAUCUCCAUCAUGUCUCUCCCAUCUAGUAUCCGUAUCUCCUCUCAUCCUUGUCUCCAAGCUAAACUCUCUCUCCUCCGUUCGCAAUCCACCACUACUCGUGAAACCAGGACUCUCGUCACUGAGAUCUCCACCAUCUUGGGUGUCGAGGCUUUUGCAACUGGGUUAAAGGCGAACAAGAGUGGAACUGACAAAACACCUCUCGGCAUCGAGUACGAAACCCAAGGUAUCGAGAACGAUGUUGCUAUUGUUCCCAUUCUCAGAUCUGGCUUGGGCAUGGUCGAUGCAAUCAACGACCUCCUCCCCACCUCCGUCCCAAUCUACCACCUAGGUCUCUUCCGUGAACGUGUCACCCUCCAACCAGUCGAAUACUACAACAACCUCCCCUUCCAGCGUCCCUCAACAGCCACCUCACCCUCAGCCCCCAACACUGCCGCUGCCUCCAUCGCCGUCCUUCUCGACCCUAUCAUCGCGACAGGCGCCACCGCCGAAGCUGCCAUCCACCUCCUCCGGGAAUGGGGUGUGCAGAAGGUCGUCAUGAUCAGCGUGCUUGGGUCUGAGGGGGGUGUGCGUCGUGCUGUCGAUGCUUGGCCUGAGGGUGUUGAGAUGUGGCUGGGUGCUGUCGAUAAGCAGUGUAAUGAGCGGGGGAUGAUUGUGCCGGGAUUGGGUGAUAUCGGCGAUAGAUUGUUUGUUGCUAUUGGGAAAUGAUCUUUAUUUACCUGAUCUAGUACUUGGUAAUAUAUAUAUUUAUAAGAAUAAAGCUAUUUUAUGUAAACAGGAACACACUGCAUACUACAUAUUGAAUAUCCUAUCCAGCCUGAUGAACCGGCAACUCAGCCCGAUUUGCUGGAAUCGCAUGUCGAUCCACCAUCUUCUCAUGGACCCGAUUCCCAUCUCGAUGUCGCAUCACCCCUUUAGCUUGUAAGUUCUUGCGACGGGCGAGAUCUUUCUCUGCGUUUCGUC